UAGACAGACCUCACCAAUAUGGCGGCACUCACAGCCAAGUUCAGUGUUGUCGUUUGUCACUCAGGAAUAUAAUUCAGUUUUAUUGACCAGGCGACGACGUUUUUUUUUAACACAAUGGAUACUCACCGCUCAGCUAAGUUGGAGUUUGCGGUGCAGAUGACAUGUGAGAGCUGUGCACAGAAAGUCAGAGCUGCGCUUGAAGGAAAUCCAGGAGUGCAGGUGGUGAAUAUCGAUGUUGGUAAAGAGGAGGUGCUGGUGGAAUCUGCUCUGACCAGUGCGGAGGUUCAGAACCUGAUAGAAAGCACCGGACGCAGGGCUGUACUGAAAGGCAUCGGUGGACCGGGGCGAGACCUGGGUGCAGCAGUAGCCAUGUUGGCCGGUGUGGGUCCAGUCCAAGGUGUGGUGAGGUUCCUCCAGUUGUCUGGGGAGCACUGCCUGAUUGACGGGACCAUUGAUGGGUUGGAGCCUGGACCCCAUGGAAUCCACGUCCACACUCUGGGGGACCUCACACAGGACUGCCUGAGUUGUGGAGAGCAUUAUAACCCCUUUGGAAGACAGCAUGGUGGACCAGGAGAUUCUGAAAGGCAUGUGGGUGAUCUGGGGAAUGUUGUUGCGGGCCCCGACGGCAGAGCCUCCUUUAGACUAGAAGAUGCUCAGUUAAAGGUGUGGGAUGUGAUUGGUCGGUCGCUGGUCGUGGAUGCAGGUGAGGACGACCUGGGUCGAGGCAGACAUUUCCUCUCCAAACAGACUGGGAACUCUGGGCAAAGGCUGGCCUGCGGGAUCAUCGCCCGCUCAGCGGGUCUGUUUGAGAACCAAAAGAAGAUUUGUGCCUGUGACGGUGUCACGCUGUGGGAGGAGAGAGACCGACCCCUCGCUGGGAAAGGUCGGCGCAAAACCCACAGUGAGACGCCAUCAGCACACCUCUGAGCCUGACCGCAGCCGCACCACGACCUGCGCCCCCCAGUGAUGAGGACAUUUGUUGACAUGGGGUCAGAACUAAAACUGAAGAAUUUUUCCAAGCAACAGGAAAGAUGAUGUAAUAAAUCCUGCCUUAUUUUCUAUUUAAAGAAAAAUCUGAGAUAAAGUUCAACACAAUCACAGUUAAAAUGUGUAAUUCAAAAUAAGAUGAAUCAGAUUAAAUAGUCUGUGACUUUGUAAAAGUCACCCCUGAUUAGUUUGGUGUUUAUGUAACUAGUCACUGCUUACAAUUGUCGAAUCUGUCAGAAUUAAUGUGAUUUUUGUUUACACGUCUGGAUAAAUGUCAUAGUUUGAAUUGACUGAAUGUGAGGGACCAAAAAAAAACCUGUUCGUUUAAAAUCCAUAAGGCGCUGUGAGUGACCUGGUGAGAGAAUCUGUAGUGGGGUGGGGUGGGGGCUCAAAUUCCACCCCCAGUGAAAGGACAAGAGGAGCGAUCCUUAGAGGACUGUGCGCUCGGCUGCUUUUCAACGUGGACUAAGAGUGUCGAGUUUCUUCAUCGUCGACACUUUAAUAUUGCAGCCAGACGGUGUCCCGAUGAACCUCAGUCUUUCAGGCCAAAAUCUGUCUUUAAAAUUCACCGCCUUAAAGCAGAGGAACAAAACCUCUUAAAUUACACAUGUUUUCAAAUUAUUUAUGAACAAUCAGAGUAGUUGAGGACUCCUUUUUUUUUUUUUUUCUCAUUUGUAGAGAGACUCUUGCAGCACAAGUUUCCUUCUCUUCAGGUAAUGAGAUUGUUUCUUUGUAAUGAGAUUACAUUGUAGUAAUGUCACUGUUGUAGCAAUAUAGUCCAUCUGCAUUUUUCUGAAUGUGUUUUUGACAUUUUCAUAUUGUAUAUUACAGAAGUUAUUGUUGUUCCACAAAAUGAGUGCAUAAUAAGAAAAAAUACCUACAGCCCACUGA